CUCACCGAGCUGGGGCAAGGAAAGGCGCGGGAUACGGAAGGAAGCGGAAGGCCCUCCCGGAGAAGGACACAGAGGGCAAGCGAGGGCGGGGCGGGGCGGAGCGGAGCAGAGCACCGGAAAGCAGCGGCCGCGCGGGAACCGGGCGAGCCGGCCCCUCCCGGAAGAGACGGUGUUACUGGCAGGUGAAGCCACUUCCGGUACGGAGAACGGGCACUUCCGUGGAUGAGCCACCCUUGGCAUUGUGCCUCGUGUGUGUGACUCAGAUGGAUUCUGCUUGCCUGAAAGAUUCCUGCAAGUCCUCAGAGUUGUCCAACCUGCCUGGGAUCAGUGCUGGAAGCCGUGAGAAACACACCGAAAGCGAGUCCUACAGCCUCGUUGUCCCUGUGCGGGAUGGAGACUUGGGAGUCACUCUCACUUACCCUUGAUGUGCUGAGGGGUUGAAUCCAGGAUGGCUGCCCUGUGGAGGGAGGUCCCCAAGGACCUUUUGUAUAAUGGUGCAAUACUGCAUUUCUUUUUUGCUUAUUCUAGUUCUAGCCAGCUGGUCUCAUGCUGUCUCUGUGGUGGGAAAUGGUCCCCUCAAAGUCAGUGAAGUUGGGCUUGGGGCAUCUUGGAAGUCCCAUGGCUUCCAUUGCAGGAAGGCUUCUGUUCUUUGGUUUUCAAAUUUAAUUGCCUCUGGUUUUCAGAUUUAAUUGGACCCACCCAAGGGCUGAUUUUUCUCCAGAGGCACCGAAUGCCUCAGUAUCUCUUGCUGACAGUAGAUGGUGUGAUGAGAGAUCAGCAUCUUUGAUACUCUAGCUGUAUCAGCUAGGAGAGCACAGCUUCCUUUCAGCUUUUUUUGCAGGUUUGCAAUGAUUUGAUUUGAUUUAACUGUGUGGCCAUGGAAACUUUAAGAUGAGAAUUGAAACAGGAGGAGUUGAUUUUGGAUGUGACCUUGGGUGUCUGUGCCUCAAUUUCCUCAUGGGAGGGAGCUGCGAUCUUCCUUGCUCAAUGAAAAGGGACAGAAUAAGAAUUAUUCAGGAAAUAAAACAGGCUGGGUGAGACUCGACUGUCAAGAAGCCCAAGGCACAGGAGGACCAACUGGAUGCUGCUGGAUCCAUGGAGGGCAAUAUUGAAAUCUUAAACCUGGAUAUGAAGCCUGGGAACACCCUGAAGGUGAAGGGCAAAAUACCUGCAGAUACUGUUGGCUUCAGCAUCAAUCUUGGCUGCAGCUCAAAAGAUCUGGCAUUUCACUUCAAUCCCCGCUUCAAUGAGUCUGUCAUCGUCUGUAACUCCAAGUGCUCUGAUUGCUGGCAGACAGAACAUCGUGACCGCCACCUCCCUUUCUACAGGGGCUCCACUGUCAAGUUCUUCAUUGAAAUGCUGUCAGACAAAUUCCGUGUGAAACUGCCGGAUGGUCAUGAAGUGUACUUCCCUAACCGGCACGGCUACCGCAAGAUCAACUACGUAAGCAUCCAGGGAGGCUUAAAGAUGAUCUCCUUCAAGCUGAGCUGA